CAAACACAAAAUACAAGUACUAGUGCUACUAAAAUAAACUAAAAGCAAACAAAAGAACAAACUUUAAUCACUAUAAACAGUCUCUUAUUUCUUCAUUCUCAAUUUCAUUCCAAAAUACAUUUGAUUGAUAAUGGCAGAUAAGCCUAGUAGAGCACUACUGUUAUACGGUGACGGGUUGGCCCGAUCCAUUAACCCGUCUCAUACCCAUCUCCAUUCUUUUGCUUCUCGAGCUUGCUGUUGCUUCUUGUCUCUUCCCCACUCUCCCCCUUCAGAAACUGAGGAUGCAAGAAUAGUCAGAGAAUUUGCUGAGCUAGUGGAUGCAAAUGAAGCUUAUCUUGCCCUGAAUGAGGAAGAAUCUUCAGAAACUCAAUCUACGGAAAAGCAUGUAGUACCAACCAUAUCAGAGAGGUUUAUGGGGAUGAAAGCUGCUGUCAUCACUGAAAAUUUAAGACUGAAGAGUUUUUGCGAUAAGCUUGGCUUCAUCGUCUUAGAGUUGAAUGAGGUAAUUAGUAGCAUUAAUAACCAGGUUGAUUCAUCCACCUUAGCCUGCGAAGUGUUCAAGUUGCUGGGUUUUCAAGAAGGGAAGACCUUGGAGUCGAGCCAAUUUGAUUUAGUUAUUCUUCAUGUUGGAGCCGGUCAAACGACAAAUUGCCUCAAAGACUUGGAUCAUGUCAAUCGGUUGGUUGGUACUUUGGUGCAAAUGGCACAUCCUGGAACGGAAGUAGGUUCUAGGUUGCACAUGUCAGUUAUAUUGAGCUAUGGUGCUGUUCGUGAGGCUGAUGAUUCCACAUUUCCUAUUGUUGACACUAGACAUGAGAAUAACUCUAAACUUUCUUUUAUUUUCCCUCGUCAAAGUUAUACAAUUAAAGAAGGAAUACCACGACUGAAUGUCAGGCAGCAUUGCCCCAUGUUAGUGGCCCAGUGGCAGAAUGCUGUGACUCGAAAGGAUAUGGCAGAAGCAUAUUCAUACAAGGAUUUCAAAGAGUAUGGCGCAAACCUUGUGAUUCCAACAGAUAGAUUUCUGCAUGAAGUGGCAUUCAAGCUUUGGAAGGCUCCAAAAUACGGAGCGUGAGGUAGGAGCGUGGAGAGAACAUCGGCGAAGCUCUGUACGAAAUGAAAGACAUUCCAAUAUCCUGACUUCAGAUUUUUCAAUUUGGACCUCUGUUUUGAUAAAGGGGCUAGAUCAUCAGCAGGGACGUUUCUGAUCGCCAGAAACGCCAUAUCUUUCCGGGAAUAAAAGAACUAAUACUCAGCCAACCGGAUUUUCAUGGCAUCGCUUUCUGUUGUCGUUUUUUACUUAUCUGGUGUAUAAUGUACUCUUUUGGGUGACAUAAUCAGUCUAAUUUUAUUGUUUUCUUUCUUUCUUGGAUAUUGUGGUGAAGAAAAGCUCAUGCUUCAUAAUGCACAUCUUGUCUUCUUUCGCCUUGUGGAGGAAA